AUGGAAAAUUACGCCUGGCUCAAGGAGGAGCUGCAGAGCAUUAGCUGUCACUACGUUUACACAAGCGACUCCUACAUGCAGGCAUGGCAGACGAGUCAUCCGGCCGAGGAACUGCCCCCGCGGGCGCUACCUGAUGAGCUCAUUGACGAACUUGUCAAUAACCAGAAGAAUCGUAGGAUUGAGACUUAUUUGAAGCAACUCGCCGACGCUGGCUUUGGCAUGGCCCCAUGCUCCGACCUGGCGCAAACCACAAGUGAGGAUCUAGACGGUGAUGCCCGGCCUCAAUCCCCAGAGGAAGACACAAAAUCGGACAAAAGCGCUUCUUCGAGUCACAUGAGCAUAGAGGAGAUACCCCGACGUCCUUUAUCAGCACUACCACACUGGCGCUCCGCUACUACACACUGCCGCCGUCGAUCGACUGGCGGUAUCAGAGAAGAAAUAUUUGCGAGAAGUGCAAAAUAG